CAAAUCCAGCAGAAAAGUAGAAACAGUUGAUAUCUGUAGAUUCACUAUGACGACAGUAAACCUGCACAGUGCCCUCCAGCAACAGCAGUGCAGAUGCAGUCUUCGAAGCACCCUUCCUGCAGCGAGCAAUCUUCUGAUGAGACCGCUGCGCCUUCCACAAGCGCUUCAAAUGAUUUCUCGUGGAUCUUAUGCAUUGAGGAUGCGCAGAUCCGUGCAGCUCAUGUGCAUUAGUGCAGCAGCAGAGCAGAAGACAGGCAAAGGAAAACUUGUGACAAAAACGGAGAUCCCUGCGUUCAUCCCCAGGCAGGAUCUUAUGGACCAGCUCAUCCGCUGGGCCAUGUCCGAAGCAGAUGCACCCAGAGGCUUGGGGAUGUGGGGGCUUCCCGUCAAAGUGGACCCGUACUACAAGGAGGAGGACGUCCUGUGGGGCAUCACCUUCACUAUUAUGAGGGAUGGUGAGGUGGCAACGCAGCUGGGCGUAUGGUAUGACGACGAGGAGGUCAUGAAGCACGAGUGGGUGGGCCGAGGAUCAGAUGGCUUCCCUACCCUGGAGGGCAAGCAGAGGGAGGUGGUGGGAAAGCACCUGGAAAUCAGGAAACUGGAUGAGAAACCAGUGGAUGACCUGCUGCGUGAAACCAUUCGCAACAUCUGCCAGCAGCUUGUGUCUGCCAUCAACAAGUACUAUGCAUUCGGGUCGGUCUUUGUGGAUGAGGCUACAUGAGGAGCUUCCACAAAGAAGCUUCCAAUCUGUGGCGCUGCUUGAAAAGAGCAGGAAUGUGUGUUGGGUAAGCGAGUUGUUGCAAGAGGGCUGUUCUUCCAGGAGGAGGAUAGUGUGAAAGAUGGCUUUGCAAGAUGGCAAUACGCUCUUCUUUUGAAGAAUAUAUUGAAUGCAACAAGUGUACAAUUCCCUGCCUAGACAUCACUCUGAGCUUUCUGGAAAUACAAAACGCACACCUUGAUUCUAUCCAUC